AUGCGAACUCUCAAUACUUUGGUUAUACUGUUACUGAUCACCUGUGCUUGUGGACAGGAAAAAGAUUCCUCCAGUGAGAGUUCAACGACCACGUCGUCGGUACCGACUUCCUCAAAAUCGACAGGCACAGCAUCCACUGAAAAUCAGCAAACGAAUCAGGGCACAUCAAGUACCUCAGCUGGUGGAAACAUGACCACAUCGACAUCAAGUGGUUCGGUGCAUCCCAUGAUUCACACCACUGGUCGGAUUUUGUUGCUGUUCACAAGAGCUCUCACCUUCUGA